AGUCUGUUGAAAUUGAUGUACUAUUGCUGUAAGAGCACAUUUUCAAUCCAAUUAUUAUUUCCAUGUUACAUGUUUGAAGCUACUCUUACAUACCAGCCCAUGACAAAUUUGAUGAAAUCAGCCGGGGACUCAGCCAUCUUCUUUACCACUCUGUAUCUUUAACAGUCGGUGGAUCCCCUGUGUGCACACCUGUGUCCUCUAAUAUCUGAUGUUGCUCACACAAAUCUCAGGGGACUACAGCAGCCUGAUUAUUCUAGAAAAGGAAGCCCAUCUUGAAGGACCACGAGACUGAUUUGGAUUACAUCUUUGGUUCUUGUCAAUGAGGGAAUUUUGAUUUAAAUGUUUUACUGAGAAAUUAGCUGAUAAUGGGGCCCUCAGAUUACUAGCAUGAACCACCAGCUUUGCUUAUCAAAACCAAAAUGAUGAUUUUUUAGUGCAUUAAGGAGCCUUCACUUUGACCGGCAGUUGAAUGGCGCGGUGCUUCUGUCGCUGGUGUAACGUGCUAUUCUGUCUAUGCACGCUGUGCAUCUGCCUGGCCCUGCUGUUCAUCUACAUUUCUGUCAUGGUGUGUAUGUCCAUGAAUGGCGGGGCACAGAAAAGCUUGGAAACUCUUCACUUUGUGGCCUCAGGAACCUGCAAGAACAAGAACUUUGCAUCACACCCUAAAGCUUUCUGGGAGGUCACCCCGGACAGAGAUGCCUUCUGGAACCAGCUCCAGCUGGCCAUCGACCGUCAUUUCAACCCCAUCCUACGCCCCAACAACACCAAAAGGAGAUCUGAAAAUAGUAACAUUCAUGAAUCCCUAUUGAGGAAAAGUUACUCAGAAGUUACCAACCUGGACAGCACGAAGAGAAACUUUGACGAGCUACCACAGGAGAUGCAAGACUUUGUGAGGCACAUGCAAAGGAGGGACUACCCAACCCUCAUCCAGCCAGAUGGAGUAUGUGGAGCUGGGGCAAAGGAUGAGAAGGAGCCCGUUAUGCUUCUCCUGGCCAUCAAGACAACAAAGCUGAAUUUCCAGAACCGACAGGCCAUUCGGCAGACCUGGGGUCAGGCAGGAUGGGUAGCAGGAAAGAUGAGCAACCGCAAUGGAGGAGAAGAAGCAGGAGGUUACGUCCGCAGGGUGUUCCUGCUAGGCAAAGAAGAAUCUCAGGAGCUGGAUGAGGCUUUACUUCAGUUACUGCAGAUCGAGAGUAACCUUUAUGAAGACAUUCUGCAGUGGGACUUCAAUGACACGUUUUUCAACCUCACCUUGAAAGAUGUGUUGUUCUGGAGCUGGUUCUCACACUUCUGCAGUCAAACUCGCUUCGUCUUUAAGGGGGACGACGAUGUCUUUCUCAACACCCCGAAAAUGAUAAACUACCUCCAGGACCAGCUAAAGAAGCCACAAGCACACAAGACCAUAAAAGACUUCAUGGUGGGAGAUGUCAUAGAUGUAGCCAUACCCAUCCGAGUCAACAACUCCAAGUACUUCAUCCCAGACAGCUUCUACAAGGGCUUCUAUCCUCCAUAUGCAGGGGGUGGAGGGGUGGUGUACUCAGGCCUGUUGAUCAAACGUCUACACUACAUGUCUAAAAGGGUUCACAUGUUCCCCAUUGACGACGUUUUUGUUGGGAUGUGUAUGAUUCGGCUUAAUGCUUAUCCUGUCCACCACCCUGCCUUCCUCACGUUUGACUUUCCGGAAAAGGAAGGGGAGGAGCUGUGUGCGUACCACACAAUCCUAUUGGUACACAAACGAAGCCCCACCGAGGUUGUUAGACUUUGGACGGACAUGAAAAAGACACAGAGACAGUGUUGGGAUGUGCCCCUGAGAGCUGCUGACAAGAACAAAAUCAAACAAACACUGUAAGUGGAUUAUCCCCUGGCCAUUUUUUUUUAGCAAAGUUAGUUGAAGAAUGUUGCCACUAUAGUCUGAUAGUAAACAUUUUGGUGAACUUUGGUCAGAAAUAUGAAGAGGUAAAACUGUGGGAACUAGCGUCUGUUUUUAGUUAUUCCAGUUAUCCAUGUUCUGCUGUUAUAUUUAAUUAUACUAAAUUAAACAUGCCAACAGCAUAUAAGCACAUAAUUUCUAAACCAGUGUUUUUGCACAUUUUACAUACAUGUUUUUUUUACUUCUAUUAAGGCACCUGUUGAUUGCCAUUCAUUAUAUUAUAUAAAUAUUACAUAUAAUAUAUAUUAUAUAAUAUGUCCUGGGUGUAAUGGACAUACUGUAUAUGGAGCUAUCAAAGACCUGUAUAGUAACAGACACCCAUGACAAGUCUCAGCAUGCUAAAUGUGAUCCUGUGAGUUUCACUUACAGCUCAUAAAAAUGCCAGGAGAAAACAAAAGCAUCACAUUUAGUGCUGCUAUACUGUAUAAGAAUCCAUCUUUACAUAGCAGUCAAUUACAUGUGCACCUGCCUAGACAGUACAUCUAUGAUAAUCCCUCAUUAAUCAGUUUAGCAAUGUAUAUUAACUGGAAUCAUACACAUGUAUCAUUGAUAUAGUGAUAACUUCCAUUUAGCCAAAAACACACUAUCUACCUUUUUUAAAAUUCAUUCCAAGUAUUAGCUACAUAUAUGUUAUGAGUCUGGACAGACAUGGAUGUUAACUGCAACUUGACAGGUUGGAGGAGGCAUAAUUCUUGUUGCUUAUGAAUUCAACUUUUGGUUUGUUAAAGGAACAAUGUGUUCGUUCUUCCCUCAAAUUACCUCUAUUUAAGUAUAAAUGUAUUAUCAAAGCAAAGGUGUUAUUUAGGUGUUAAUAUGAGAUUGAGUUUACAGUGGUUGAGCCAGUUUUGCAGUAUUUAAACUGGAAAGGUCACCAAUCAGUACACUUACAUAACCUGAAUUAGAUGCUUUGCUGAUGUCAAUCAGCUUCCAGUGAUGUGAAAAGUUGGGUUCCACCUCAAUUAGGUUGCUUAAGAAAACUGUCUAAUGUGAUGAAUGUGUAAAAUACACUCUUAUACAUUCCUGUAAAUUUGUUAAUUUUUUUUUCAUAUCCCAAUAAACU